CUUCUAAACAUGUUCAGUUCAGUCUAUCUAGGCCACUCGAACGCUUCACCCAUCUACCGACGAACGCAAAAGGAUGGCAUGACAGCAACCUAACUAUGUGCACUACUACUAUAUAGGUAAUUACUGAGGAGAUGCGGGAGAUGACUGCCGCGGCUGAGGCGACCGAGGCGACCGAGCCGCCGAUGCCGGAGCCACCGCCCGCGCCGCCGACCACGGUGAACGAGGAGUCUGCUGAGGAGCUGCGGGAGCGGGCGCCGCCGCCGGAAUCAUCUCCGCUAAUCACGCAGGCACGUGAGGGGGAUGGAGAGAGGGUGGUGGUCGUGCCGCCGCCGCCGGCAUCGCCUCCGCUGAUCAAGCCGACGCUUGGGGGCGUGGUUCCGGCUGCCUUCUCGUCGUCUCCGGCGCUGCCACGGCCGCCAGGCUAUGCUGCCUCCGAGUCUGACUCGGAUCUGGAUCACGAUCCGUUCGCCAAUCCGUCCGAUGAAGUGCGUUGGAGAAUUCGUUUCAAGAUGACCGGAGGAUGGAGAUCUGGCGGGAUGGUUUCGUGUAGAUGCAUCCGCGCUCAAGUUGGACGACGCUUGCAGGUUUCUUCUGGCGGGGAGGAGCAGAUCGAGAUAGUCGAUCUAACCACUUCGGAGCAUCAAAUCACGAGGCCGAAUUCAGGGAUUGGAGGAAGGUUUUGGGUGCUUGUUGAUGACGAAGAAGAGGAGGUCGAGGAUCGUCACUCGGUUGCAGCCAAAGAUCCGAAAGAAACGCCCUCCGACGUGAUCUGCGAGGCGUUCAGCCCUGGGUACUCGGAAGAGGAGGUGGCCACGUUGGUUGACGACAUUGUCCGGGUGAUGAUCCGGCGCGGAUUGGGAUGCAUCCCGAGGAUAAGGUGGAGGUUGUUCGCCAGAGUAUUCACCAGAGGACGGCGGCGACUGCGAUCCGGCCUUGGAAAGGGCCUCUACCUAAGGUUAUUUUCAGAGCCACGGCGUUGAUCCGUACGUGGUCGUUACUCACUCCGACGGAGGCCAUGGAGCGUUUGGUUACUGGAUCUAUCCGCUGGGAGAUGGUAACUCGGAAUAUCUUCAACCAGUUGGCUAGUUUACCUAUCUCUCUUUUGCCAGCCGGUUGUGGCGUCCUUUAUUUGGCUAGUUUGUCUUCUAGCCCUUUUUGGCUCUGUGUGAGCUACUCUUUACUUUUCGUUUGGAGACUUUGAGACCUUGUUGGAACCUAUUUAUUUGCUUUAAUAAGAUGACCGUAUGCAUCGUUCUGAUGCAAAG